CCACUCAUUAUCUUUGUUGCUUAAAGCUUGCCCUCCUUCCUUAUCCUCUCUCUCUCUCUCACUUGAGCUGCACCAACACAAUACAUCAAAUGUGAAAAGAAUUCCAAGCACAAGAGAAAGAGAGACCCACAUGUGUUUUGUUUAAUUCAGUUUCUGGGUUUCUCAUAAAAAUUAAAGCAUUGUGGGAGUGGGAGUGAGUGUGUGUGUGGGAGAGAGAGAGAGAGAGAAAGAGAAAGAGUGGGUUGUCGUUGAUGUGAUGAUGGAAGGAGGUGAUGAGCUCCACAGGCCAAAUUUUCCAUUCCAAUUGCUAGAAAAGAAGGAAGAAGAAGCGUGCUCCAGCUCUGGUUAUCCGUCUCUAGCCAUAUCAUCUGCAGAACCCAACACCAACCGCUCUAAUUCAUCUCUACAAAUCGCAGCGGAGCCUUCCAAAAAGCCGCCUCCCAAGAGGACUUCCACCAAGGAUCGGCACACCAAAGUCGACGGACGUGGCCGCCGCAUCCGCAUGCCUGCACUCUGCGCUGCUAGGGUUUUUCAGCUAACGCGUGAGCUCGGCCAUAAAUCCGACGGCGAAACCAUCGAGUGGCUGCUUCAACAGGCCGAGCCUGCCGUGAUUGCCGCCACCGGAACCGGCACAAUUCCUGCAAAUUUUACGUCCCUUAACAUCUCCCUCCGGAGCUCGGGCUCAAGCAUGUCCGUCCCAUCUCAACUAAGAUCCACUUACUUCAAUCCCAACUUCUCGGUCCCUCAAAGAAGAAGUCUUUUUCCGGGGCUAUCAUCGGAGAAUUCUUCCACACUCGUUAAUUUCCAAUCUAACAAUCUAAAUUCCAUGUUUCAAGCCAAGCAAGAGUUGAGAGACACUUCACUAGACCUAUCGGAGACUGAGGAGAGCAUAGGGAGGAAGAGGCGGCCGGAGCAGGAUUUGUCGCAACAACAAAUGGGAAGCUACUUGCUGCAGUCGAGCACCGGCUCCAUCCCGGCCAGCCAUGGUCAGAUUCCGGCGAAUUUUUGGAUGCUCACUAAUUCUAAUAACCAAGUCAUGAGUGCUGACCCUAUAUGGCCAUUUCCUUCUGUUAAUAACAGUAACUUAUAUAGGGGCACUAUGUCCAGUGGGCUACAUUUUAUGAAUUUUCCGACUCCUGUUGCCCUCUUGCCUAGCCAGCAGUUGAGCUCCGGCGGUGGAGGUGGCAGUGGUGGUGGCGGUGGUGGCGGCGGCAGUGGCAUGGGCGAGGGUCACUUUAACAUGCUGGCUGGACUAAACCCUUAUCGGCCGGUGAUGGGGAGUGGAGUGUCGGAAUCUCAGGCAAGUGGGUCUCAGUCGCACCAUGGAGGUGAUGAUCGACAUGAUGCAACCAGUCACCACUCAUAGAUCAUCAUCAUCAUCACCGUCAUCCCACACUUGUGCAGUUUGAUGUGUAGCACAAGUGGAGGUUUGAAUAUUGCUCUAAAUUCUGAGUUCCAAUAUUCCAUUUUUUCGUGUGAUUAAUAUGGGUUUUAGGGUUUGAGAGAUGAAAGACGAUAUAUUUAACAUGAGUAUUGAUUGGCUGGUUUUGCUCAACACUCAUCUGGGUUUUUACCUACACACUAUCUUAUUCCCAUUGUUUGUGCAUUUUUUUUUUCAAGAACUUCCUUGUAAUUUAUAUGCUUUGUGUUGAAGAAUAUCAUGACUUGUAUGCAGAACUCCAGAAGAAAAAAAAUGACAAAUUCAUCCA